AUGAAGGGUGGUAUUGAUAAAACUCUCUUUGUGAAGGAAGUUGAAGGAGACAUUAUGAUUGCUCAAAUCUAUGUUAAUGACAUUGUGUUUGGAGGAAUGUCAAAUAAAAUGGUUCAACUCUUUGUACUGCAGAUACAAUCAGAAUUUGAGAUGAGUUUUGUUGGCGAACUAACCUACUUCCUUGGUCUUCCAAUCAAACAAAUGGAAGACUCCAUCUUCCUUUCUCAGAGCAAAUACGCCAAGAACAUUGUGAAGAAAUUUGGAAUGGAGAAUGCAAGUCACAAGAGAACACCAACUCCUACUCAUCUAAAGCUAUCUAAGGACGAGAAUAGUGUCUGUGUGGAUCAAAGCCUGUACAAAAGCAUGAUAGGAAGUCUACUAUAUCUCAUAGCUAGUAGACCUGACAUAGCCUUUACUGUAGGAGUAUGUGCUAGAUAUCAAGCUGAACCCAAAGUUAGCCAUAUUAAUCAGGUGAAGAGGAUUCUAAAGUAUGUGAGUGGAACAAGUGACUAUGGUAUGCUGUACACUCGUGGAUCUGGAUUUUUGUUAACUAGAUACUGUGAUGCUGACUGGGCAGGAAGUGCUGACGACAGGAAGAGCACUUCAGGAGGUUGUUUCUUUCUAGGAAACAAUUUAAUAUUCUGGUUCAGCAAAAAACAAAAUUGUGUGUCUCUGUCUACGGCUGAGGCUGAAUAUAUUGUAGCAGGAAGCAGUUGUUCCCAGCUGGUCUAG